AUGAAAAAUCAUUCGCAAACUGCCCCGUAUGGAGACGAUGAAGGGGCCGGGAAUAUAUUUUUCCCUGUCUUGGUGACAGACCGGAACUCCUUUUCAAAAGCGCAUCGCAAUGAAACGUCCCUCAUGUCGUGCUGCAGCAGAGAACGGAUCAUGGAAAUGGCACGAAGCACCAAAAACAUUGACGGGGUGUUGCAUGACUUUGAGGAGGGGCCACCAACUGCCGAAAUGUUAAGGCAACGAAAGAGGAAAAGUCUGCCGCAACGAAUUCUGGAGCGCGUCUUCCCGCCUGGCAGCAUGUUGUCAAGUGCCUUUACGCUUGGAAGCUCAACGCUUGGGGGUGGGAUUCUUGGCCUGCCCUCCGCGUUCAACAUGACAGGGUACAUCUUAUCCAUAAUUUUGCUUGUGGUGGUGGUGAUUCUGACCGUCUUUUCACUCUGGCUGCUUGCCCGCUCCGCGGAUGUCUCAGGGAAGCGCACCUACGAAGAUGUAAUGAAAGUUCUGAUGGGCCGAUUCCCCGCUUGUAUGGUGGCGGUUCUCAUGUGCGGUUUUUGUAUUGGCGGUGGUGUCGGUUAUAUUAUUUCCAUUGGGAACCUGUUGACGCCGGUUUUUGCAAACCCGGGUGUCCCUUACUUUCUGACGACCAAACCCGGAAAUCGGCUUAUCACAAGUAUGAUUUGGCUCGUUUUUAUUUUGCCGCUUUGCCUUCCUAAGCAAAUCGAUUCCCUGCGGCACACGUCUUUGCUCGGAUGCAUCUGCAUUUUAUUUUUUGUGAUAUGUAUCAUCAUUGACGCAUGCCAAUAUGCAAGUAAACAUGGAUUUCGCAGCGAACUGGAGAUGUUUGGGACGGGCAACCAUGCAAUUGAAGGACUUGGAAUGGUUAUGUUUGCCUGCCUUGUGCAAAUUAAUGCAUUUGAGGUGUACCAUGAGAUGUCUCACCCUUCACCCCGCCGAAUGGUGCGAGACAGCAUCAUUGCCAUGAGUGGAUGUGGCUUAUUGUACAUUUUGGUUGGUUUCUUUGGAUACAUGCGCUUUGGAAAGGCAGUGACCGAUUCCAUUCUCCUCAUGUAUCAACCAGGUGAAAGUGUUCUUUUUGCCAUUGCAUAUGUUGGAAUUGUCUUUAAGAUUUGCGUUGCGUUCGCCCUUCAUCAGCUACCAAUGCGAGACGGUAUUUAUCACUUGAUUGGCUGGGAUGUAUACCUGAUUCCAUGGUGGCAGAACGCGGUGUUCUGUACAUUUUUGUCCUUAGUCCUGUUGCUGGCUGGUCUCUUUGUUCCCAACAUCAAUAUUGUGUUUGGACUUGUGGGUGCCUUCUGUGGCGGAUUUAUCGGCUACAUUUUUCCUUCGCUGAUGUUCAUGUAUAGCGGUGACUUUACGCUGAAGAAAAAAGGAUUCCUCUUGUACUUUUUGACGUACUUCCUUUUGCUCGCUGGAUGCGUCGCCGCCGUGUUUGGCACAGGCGCCUCCAUCUACGGGGUCGCCGUGUGA